CCUGCAAUUGUCAUGGAAGAGCCACCUGCGAUCGACACGGAAUGCCUUUCCAUAGAUCCUCAAUCCUUCCCAUGGCCUGCUCAGCCUGCCGAACCAACGACCCAUGACCAUCUCUACGAACCUGCCUCCCCACUUGUCCUCAAUCCCCCACCAACGCCCUCGUACCAAGCUGACUUAACCACCCUCCAGCAUGCUGCCGAUAUCUUGCGCUCAAACAAUGUUGUUGCUUUUCCAACAGAGACGGUUUAUGGCCUCGGUGCCAACGCCCUCAAUGCAGACGCUGUCGCAAAGAUUUUCCGCGCCAAAGGGCGACCGAGCGAUAAUCCGCUCAUAGUUCACGUUUCUUCCUUAAAAAUGCUCGAGUCUCUACUCCCUUUGUCGUCUCCACACAUUCCAUCGGUUUACACCGCAGCAAUUGCAAGGACAUGGCCAGGUCCACUCACCAUUCUUGUCCCCCGUGGUCCUCAAGUUCCGCUGGCAGUGACUGGAGGGCACGAUACUGUUGCCGUAAGGUUCCCUUCACACCCGAUAGCACGUGCAUUGAUAGAAGCUUGUGGAUUUCCAUUGGCUGCACCUUCUGCCAAUACCAGCGGACGCCCAUCGCCUACUCUAGCGUCUCACGUACUGGCAGAUCUGGCAGGGCGUGUACCUUUGAUUUUGGAUGGAGGGCCAUGUGGAUAUGGUGUCGAAAGUACCGUCUUGGAUGGACUUGCUACACCUCCUGCAAUUCUCCGUCCAGGUGGUAUCACUGUUGAGGAGUUAAAAAGCUUGCCUGGACUGGAGAAACUCAGAGUAUACAGAAGAGAUUUUGUGGACAAGGAUAUGGAGGCAGCACCAACAACUCCGGGAAUGAAAUACCGUCAUUACACCCCCGAAGCUGAGGUGAUUCUAUUUGAGCUUGCUGAACAAGCUUCUUUGCUUGACACUGGCACAGCAAAGUUGCGAAAUGCUGUCAAUGAAUUUACCAGGACACAUCUCAUCUCAUCGGAGGAUAAGUCAAAAAUUGGGAUUAUGCGGACCGGUUUGCGCCCUUGUACUCAAGGCGAUAAUAGCGAGAAAAGGGAAGCUAUAUCAAGCGGCGUAGUUAUGGAACUCUAUUUGGGUGAAACUGCUGACAAGGUUGCGAGAGAGCUCUUCAAGGGCCUGCGUACGUUGGAGGAGCGCGGGGCCCAACUUAUUCUUGUGGAAGGAGUCACCGAAGAGAGAGAAGGGCUUGCCGUCAUGAACCGCCUGCGAAAAGCGGCCUCAAGAGUGAUAACUAUCUCUUAGAUUAGGUUAAUAGCAGUAUUUAAUGAUCAUUUAUUUAUAUUGUUUAUAAUGCAUUCCUGCAUGUACCUACAGUGAUACAAUUAGCGAUGCAUAUGAGAAAUAUACAUAUACGUUUGUGUAGUUAUCGG